UAAAUUAUUGCAUCCCUUUCCGUUGAUAUUUUUCCGCUGUUUCAGAUCUAUAAAUAGCCUUCUCUGUUUUGCCACUUCGCUCAGUUCAUCACCAUCAUCCUCGUUGUCAUCGGAGAAGGAAGAAAAAGAAGAAGUUACGGAUGUUGAUAUCGGGGCUGCCCGACGAUGCCGCGCGAGAGUGACUGAUUCGUCUCCCUUUCAGUAGCUUUCCAGCGGCCCGCUCGGUUUGUCGCCUGUGGAAGCUGGAGAUCGACUCCCCGUACUUCCACUGCCGGCGGAAAGCCGCCGGCAGGACCCAACGCGUCAUCGCCCUCAACCAGGUCGAAUCCACCUCUGCUUCUCCCACUUCCACCGCUAAGCCCGGCGACUCUGAUACCGGUGGCUCUCCCAUCGCUUCCUACCAUCUCGCCCUUUUCGAGCCCGCCACCGGCUCUUGGAGUCGCCUCCCUUCUCCCCCUUCCCUCCCCCGUGGUCUCCCUCUCUUCUGCCGCCUCGCCACGGUCGGCAACGAGGCGGUCCUUCUCGGUGGGUGGGACCCUGACUCGUGGGCCGCCACCGACGCCGUCCACGUCUACAACUUCGCCUCCGGCGCCUGGCGCCGCGGGGCCACCAUGCCCGGCCCGCGUCGCUCCUUUUUCGCCUGCGGAGCUGCAACAGGGGCGGCCAGCGUGCUAGUCGCCGGCGGCCACGACGAGGAGAAGAACGCGCUGCGAUCGGCGAUGACAUUCGACGUCGGCGCGGAUACUUGGGCGGCGCUGCCGGACAUGUCGAUGGAACGGGACGAGUGCCGCGGGGUGUGGCUGCGAGGCCGGUUCCACGUCGUCGGCGGGUACUCCACAGCGGAGCAGGGGAGGUUCUCGCCAACGGCGGAGGCGCUCGACGAGACAACAGCAGCGCGGUGGGAUGUGGCUGAGCUGGAACUGGAGGAGGCGGGGCCGUGGAUGAGGACUUGCGUGGCGGGCGGAGACGCGCAGCGGCUGUACAUGUGCCGGGGCGACGGAGGGGGGCAGGUGGCAGCGUUGGUGGAGGAGGCAGCACGGUGGCGGUCGGUGGGAGAGGUGCCCGCCGAUGUGCGCGUGGCGACGCAGCUGGUGGGGUGGGAGAGCGGGCUGAUGGUGAUGGGGUUGGAGAUUCACGGCGGGACACUAACGGCAUACGUGAUGGAGAAAAGGGAGACGGCGUGGCGGAAGGUGGCGGUGCCGGAUGAGUACUCCGGCCACGUUCAUGAAGCGUGCUGCAUUGAGAUCUAAUAUCUACUAUAUUUUCAAUUCUCUGCCUUGUUCAUUAUCUGCUCUUUCAUCUUUAAUUUUGUUCAAGAAGAAGAUUUUGAUAUCUGUAGAAGAAAGGCCGUUUGUAAGCAUAGAACAGUUUUCAAGUUCGAUCGAUCGGCCGAUCCUAUAAAAACAUUUUAAAGUUGUAAACAAAGUUGCCCUCUAUUUUGAUUUUUGAUUCAAGAAUAUCCAUUUUUGUAUUUUUUUU